AUGACUGAUCCCAACUUCCUCCACGCAGGCGACCAUGUCCACUUCGGUCCAGGCGUGUCAAGUGAGCGCCUCACUGAUCCAGCCGUCGACCUGCACGACCUCCCUCGGAUUGAUCUUGUUCUUCUCUCCCACUAUCACGAGGACCACUUCGAUAAAAGGGUCGAGGCUUCCUUGAGGCAUGAUCUACUCAUUAUCACUACACCACAUGCGAAGGAGCAUCUCACUUCCAAGAAACAGGACUCAUUUACAUCUGUGUCGGCGCUCGAUCCAUUUGAGUUAAUUGAGGUUAACAUUGAAGGCACGAAAGGGCCGGGACAGCCCCGACUACGUGUGACAGGAAUGCCGGGAAAACAUGUGCCUCCUAAUCGAGUAGUGGAGAAGCUCAACACGCUAGCCAAUGUGCUCCCGCCGACCAAUGGCUGGAUGCUCGAGCUAGGCUAUGACACCGAUACUGCAGACUUCUCCUGUGGUUAUCGCAUUUACAUAUCAGGAGAUACUGUGAUGGUAGACGAGCUGCACGAGAUUCCCAAGUGA